AUGGAUGAGCGUGGCCACUCCGUGGCCGUGAGCUUCGCGCCGGCGGGGGAGCGCGGCAGAGCCGCCGCGCCCCCCGCGGCGGCGCGCGGGGAGACGGUGCGAGGCGCCGCGGAGGAGCACUUCAGGCGGUUCUCUACCAAGCAGCCGGAGGUCUGCCACCAGGCGCUCUCCGACGCCACGGGCAGCACGUGCUCCUCCGACGUCGAGCCGCCGCCCGGGCUGGAGGUGCCCGCGGCCUUCGUGCCGCCGCCGGGGCUGGAGCUCCUGGGCCCGCCGCCCGGCCUGGCGGCCCCGGCCGCGUGAGCCGCAUGAGCCCCCGGCCGCCGCCGAGGGGGGGAG